AUGAAAAAGGAAAAGAAGAAACGUGACAGUAGUGAGGAGAAGGUAGCAAUAAAAAUACAUCAGAGCUUCGACUCUGAAGAAGGGAAGAGAAUGAAGAAGAAGCGCAAGUCAGUCAGUUCAGAAAAAGGAAAAAAGUCAAAGAAGUAUUCUAGUGACAGUGACGUUCCCACUAAAAAAAAGAGAAAACAAGAUAGUUCUGAUGAAACUGAUAGAGAAAAAUCAAAAAAACAUAAAAAGGACAGUAGCUCCUCUGAUAGCGAUGAAGAUAUUUCCAAAAAGGAAGAGGCACAAAAAAAGGCAAA